AUGGCAUGGGUGAAAUUCCUAAGAAAACCUGGGGGUAACCUUGGAAAAGUUUAUCAGCCUGGAAGUAUCCUGUCCCUGGCCCCUACAAAAGGCUUAUUAAAUGAACCUGGACAAAACAGCUGCUUUCUUAAUAGUGCUGUUCAGGUAUUGUGGCAACUUGACAUAUUUCGACGAAGUUUAAGAGGUUUAACUGGACACGUGUGUCAAGGAGAUGCUUGCAUAUUUUGUGCUUUAAAGGCCAUCUUUUCCCAGUUCCAGCACAGCAGAGAGAAAGCCCUCCCGUCGGAUAACAUGAGACACGCCCUCGCCGAAAGCUUCAAGGAUGAGCAGCGCUUCCAGCUGGGAUUCAUGGAUGAUGCAGCAGAAUGCUUUGAAAAUAUCCUUGAGAGGAUUCAUUUCCACUUAGUGCCAAACAGUGAAACAGAUAUGUGCACUUCGAAAUCCUGUAUUUCUCACCAGAAGUUUGCUAUGACCCUGUAUGAGCAGUGUGUGUGUCGUAGUUGUGGAGCAUCAUCAGAUCCAUUGCCUUUUACGGAAUUUGUGCGUUACAUUUCCACCACAGCCCUGUGUAAUGAAGUAGAAAAAAUGAUGGAGAGGCACGAACGUCUCAAGCCAGAAAUGUUUGCGGAAUUGCUGCAGGCAGCAAAUACUGCUGAUGACUACAGAAAGUGUCCUAGUAAUUGUGGUCAAAAAAUAAAAAUUCGUCGUGUUCUUAUGAAUUGUCCUGAGAUUGUCACCAUUGGUCUAGUCUGGGAUUCAGAACACUCUGACCUGACAGAAGAGGUUAUGCGGAAUCUGGCAACACAACUUUAUCUUCCAGGGCUGUUUUAUAGGGUUACAGAUGAAAAUGCCAAAAACAGUGAGCUCUUCCUGGUGGGAAUGAUUUGCUACACGAGCCGACAUUACUGUGCCUUUGCCUUUCACACCAAGAGCUGCAAAUGGGUGCUGUUUGAUGAUGCUAAUGUAAAAGAGAUUGGAACAAAAUGGAAAGAUGUGGUGUCCAGGUGCAUUCGGUGUCACUUCCAACCAUUGCUGCUAUUUUAUGCUAACCCAGAUGGCACAGCUGUGUCUCCAGAAGAUGCACCAAAGCAGAUUAUUCACUGGUCUCAAUGCAAAGCAGCAGGAGGAAAUGGGGAAGACCUGGGAUUUGAAAAGCAUUCGGCUGCUAAAUCAGACCACGUGAAAGAGAAUGGAAUUGGAGAUUCCACUAAUCAAAGGAGUAAUAAAAAACUUCAGCCAGAUAAUCCAGCGUUCACUAGAAGCCAUAUUCAAGCAAGUGGUGGUAGAGGCCCAGCCAAGUUGGGAUACAGUGAGCAAAAGGACAGGCUGAAGGAUUUAUCCAGAGAGUGUGCCCAGAAAGCUGCUGACAUGAAAAACUUCACAUCUUUACGGAAAGAUGCAGACAGAGGACCAAGGAAAGAGUCUGGGAGACAAAGAGACUUGAUUGGGGAAGAGCGUUCCAGUGCUAAGUCAGGGUCUCCUCCGGUCGGAAAUGGACUGAGGCACUGCGCGGAUCAGCGGAUCUACGGCAGCCAGGGAAGGGGCCCUUACAGGCACGAGAGCCCAGCACCUCAGCAGGCAAAGCUUUCUGCACAUGUGCUUGGAUCAAACAAAGCAGAACCUUCUCCUGCAGGGGACAAACCAGUGACAAGGACUCGGAGCGAUGGCGUCACUGGCUACGACACAGACACCAGCCAAGACUCCAGGGACAAAGGAAGUAUGAGGAGCAGGAGCAAAGGUUGGAAACCAAUGAGAGAGACACUGAAUGUAGACAGCAUUUUCAGUGAGACUGAGAAGAAGCAGCACAGCCCAAAGCACAAAGCAAACCUGAGCAGUAAAUCUAAGCAUGAAAAGGAGCGGGGCUUUAACCACUGGCCCAAGGAGAACCAAAUGCAGAAGGGUUUAAUGACUAUAUAUGAAGAUGAGACAAAACAGGAUACAGGAAGUCGAAGUUCACUGGAUUCUGAGGGAAAAGGGAAUGCUGAAAAAAGCAAGGGAUUUGCAGAGAGAAAAAUCCAUGGUGAUAACUGGCAAAUUCAGAGGACAGAAUCUGGGUAUGAAAGCAGUGACCAUAUCAGCAACGGCUCCGCAAAUCCAGACUCCCCUGUUAUUGAAGGAAUCAAUACAGCAGAUGCCAAGAAUGUGAAGGAAAGUGCUUCCUGCAGUGACCAGAACUUGCCAACCAAAAAAGCUGACAGUGUGGUACAUUCAGUACCCCAGCAGAACAGAAGCUUCCAUGCCCCAGAUUUGAGGAAAGACCAGAUCAAUUCUGAAAUUAACUACAGACCUCAUCCUCAUGUUGGUUUCCCAACAGAAUUACAUUUGCAGGUGCCCAGUCCUCCAGUAAAGAGAGCUGAAAUGCCUGAGACCAACAGGAAAUUUUUCCCAUCAUCAGCUCUGCAGCCAGCUGUCAAAGAGAUUGUGAAGUCAGAGAGCAGGAACAAGGCAAACGAGCCGAGCCCUUGCGAGUGGCCUCACGCAGAGAGGUUGGAGAAGCUGAGCGUGCCCGUGUUCUGUGCAGACAGCGUGCCCCACCCCUUCCCAGACAAUGCCUGUGGCAGGAAGCCCAUCCACAGUGACCUUCCCCCCCCUGCCCAGCCGCAGUCCCACCACCCAAGAAGUCUGUCCCAUCACACUCUGGGUCCCAAGGCAGGGCUGGUGCCCUGUGUGCCUCAGGGCCUGCAGGAAAGGCCGGCGGUGCCGCCCGCCCCUCCCAGUGAGCACAUGGGGCACCUGCUCCGGAGAGCAGAUCCCCUCUGGGUGCCUGAAGCCGUGUACCAGAACGUUCCUCCCCCCUUACCCCCAAAGAAAUACACUCUGAGCGCUUUGGCAGGGUCAGAGAAUAACGCGGUAGCAGAUGUAAAAUCAACGGAAACGUUGCGAAAUAGUCCCUUAAGGCAAACAGGUGCACCUUCAAAAUCUGCAGCAGAAGCAAGUGCAGUCCCAGCUGAACAAAGGCUUAAGGAGCCCUUUCCAGGGAAUGAAGUGUUUGUUCAUAAACCGGAUUCUCCACCUCGCUUAUCAGUUAAUGAGUUCUGGACCGUGUCUGAGAACAUGCUGAAGAAAGGAUCUCGUCACACGGGACCCAGCCCUGCCUAUGCGGAUGGGAACGACAACGUGUCCCUAACCACUUACUUCUCAGUAGACAGCUGCAUGACUGACACCUACAGGCUCAAGUACCACCAGAGACCCAAGCUCUAUUUCACAGAGAGUGGAAGCUUCCACAAGGAGAAGCAUUCUCCAGCAGCUGGAGUGGAUCUGAAUGCCACAUACCCCCCCACUCUGGAGCCCAGGCAUCCCACCCCUGAACAGAGGUACAAGGCAAAUGCAGAAGGAAUACACUGCAGUCGAUAGGUUCUUCAA